AUGAAGAGCCUACAAAACACUGAGAGAGACCUUAUACCGCGUCAGAUGUUUGCAUCAAGUGCCACUGAGGAGUUCAUCCGCGCUCAGAUGGAGAGAAAGAACAAAGCAAGAGAAUUGAGAAUGAGUCAAAAUUUCAGCCUUCCUUCAAACCUUAUUGAUUGUGAAAGUGAGAAAUAGAGUUAUACCGUUCUAUGAGAUUUAUCAAGGGAAUGCUGAUAAGAGGUGAAUUAAAAGACUUAUCACCUCAAGAAGGAGGAGAUCAGUAGCUGUCCCACUCGGAAUGCCAGAAAAAUAGAGCCAGUAUUAUCCCGAGUGCUUAUAAGAAUCAGACCCGAAACUUGUACAAAGAAAUAGGUAUCAGUGAUAUCAAGCAAAGUGCAAAAGAUAUGGAGAAGAAGUUAUCUGGGAUCAAAAAACGGAUAAAUAGCUUACGCUCAAGAGGCAAGGCCCAGUAUCUCUCUAAGACUAAAUAAAGAGCUGUACAAGGAUGCGUAUGAAAAAGUUAAAUAACAACAAAUAUAAAUAUGAAAUUGAUCUCAGAACUCGAUAUAAUAGAAUGAUGCUACAGAAGUUGAAAGAGAUCAAAACUUCUCCGCAUGAAGGAGACAGACUGCUAGAGGACACUUUAAGAAAGAUCAAGGCAUUUUAUUCCCUAAUAUCAUAGGAAAGAGCAAUAAACAGAACAGUAAAACUCUCUUCAGAGAUCAAACAGACUUCUGAAUGGACGAUGGGGAAAGUACUUCAUAAGGUCAUCAAAGAACGAAAGAGAGAGAAAGAACGAAUCCGAAAAGAGCAUGAGAGGAAGAAAGAAGAGAAAGAGCUCCGCCAUCAACUAGAGACUCAGAGUAUUGUGUCGAACCUCUCAAAAUGGCUCACUCAGAAGGCAUCUGAGAUGAUCAAGCAGGGUAAGGAGAAUGGCCUUUUGAGU